AAAUCCCCCGCUAAGCAUUUCUCUGCAAUUUGUUACACUGACAAUUUCCCUUUUCCUCUUCCAUUUCCAUCGCCGCUCUCUCCAUUCCAUUUCUCCUCCGAUUUCCUCUCCGCAGCGAGCGCAGCCCCGCCUGCGUCUCUCUCGAGUUUUCUCAGUUCCCGGUUCUCCUCUAUCCGGAUCGCCGUCCCAAGCUUUCCGGAUUCCACUUCGUCCCUGCCGCGAGAGAUCCACCGUCGUGCGUGCAUUUACUUCCCAUUCGCCGUCCGGAUUUCUCAAGUGAAUCGUGACGAGUUUCUUCUGAGAGCCUAUCUCGGUCGCUGCGAUGGUUUCGUUUGAGAUGAACGAUCGCAAGAAAAUUGGGCUAGGAUUGACAGGAUUUGGCGUCUUUUUCUCCAUUCUGGGAAUCAUCUUCUUCUUUGACAAGGGACUACUUGCCAUGGGAAAUAUCCUCUUCAUCUCAGGGGUGAGUCUCACUAUUGGACCAAAGUCGACCAUGCAAUUUUUCAUGAAACGCCAAAACUAUAAGGGGACUAUCUCAUUCGGUUCAGGUUUCUUCUUUGUUGUGAUUGGAUGGCCUAUUAUUGGUAUGAUUUUGGAGGCAUAUGGGUUUGUUGUGCUCUUCAGCGGCUUCUGGCCAACACUAGCAGUUUUCUUGCAGAGGAUACCUAUUCUUGGGUGGGUACUGCAACAACCGGCAAUCAGAUCGUUCUUUGAUCGGUACAGGGGCAGAAGAGUACCUGUCUAAAUCCUCAAUCAUUCAGAUGGAUACAAGUCUCGCUUUGAUGAAAUGUAACUGUGGUGACUCCUGAUUCAUAAUAUUUUUCUUAUGGUGCCUGUAGUGGUAACUCACAAAACAGCUUUUGGUGGCGGAACUCAGUCAGUUAGGCUUCAGAAUAGAUUCAUAUGUGUACGUCCUUGUAAAAAUAGAGUCGAUUACCGAGAA